UAUGCUAAUUCCAAACACUUAAAUUUUCCGCAAUACAAAUGUUUUUACUACUGACAGGAAAUGGAACACAUGUACAUACAUACAAACAUGCUAACAUACCUACAUAUUUGAAAUCGAACUUACCCAGCAAGCAAAAUAAACUUAUUUAUGUACAUCUGCAUAUAAUAAUAAGCAUUAACCAGAACCCGUUAAUAAAAGUAAUUGAAUUAAAUCGCAACGGCAGCCAAUUUUGCUAUUUUUUAGGUAAAUUAAUUUAAUUCACAUAUGAAUGUAUAUCAUAAUUUAUGUGCGCAUAUUUCUGGCAUUACUAAAACGAAAGCUUAUAUAUAUAAACUGAAGCAUUUAAAUAAAUAAUAAAGAAUGUCGAUGUUGCCAUGUUUAAGUUAAAUGUAAAGGUUUACAUUCUUAUUGACAACGGUUAAAGUGGAUUUGGCAUCGAAAAGAAGAAAACAACAACAACAAUAACAGCUACAGCUACACUGACAAUUUCGACUAAACGCAGGGAUGCAAGUAUCAGUGUGACUCAGACUUAUUUUUUUUUUAAUUACGAUGGAGCUGUUCGCCUACAUUUUACCUUCCAUACUACAAUGGCUGUGCAUAUAUGGCACUUCUGCUGCAGACGUCCUGUAUGGAUUGCAUUCUGACGAACUCAAAUCCGGUGCACUUAUCGUUCCAAGGCGUGUUAACGAACGUGGAGAAUUCCUGACUCACGAUUUGGCCUAUCGACAUGACCAAAACUAUCGCUCUGAACAUAGCCGUCGUCGUCGAAAUGUAGCUAAAAGUAUUGAAAAAGUACACUACAGACUGGAUGUGGAAAAUCAGACUAUACAUCUUGAAUUAGAACCACACAGUUAUUUUAUGGCACCGAACAUGGUUAUCGAGAGACAUCGACGAGAUAUUCGGACUCGUCAAAUGGCUAUAAAAGGCACCGACUGUCAUUUUCAUGGCAAAGUGCGAGGGCAUUUCGAGUCAAAUGUAGCGAUAUCCGCAUGCGAAGGAUUGGUCGGUCACAUUAAAACAAAAAAUCAUGAAUACUACAUUGAACCCUCGAAAAACGGUCACGCUGACACAGUAAAUGGGCGUGCCCAUGUACUAUUUAAUAGAUCAUCUUUAAAAGUAAAGAAGCAGAACAUUAGUAAAUCAAUAAGCAAUGAGAACCACAAACAAAAACAAAAGCAACGAGAGGCGCUCAUCAGCAAUUGCGGUACUAAGGAGCCCAAGUUACAUAGCGAAACACGGCUGGAAUGGCACGCGCAGGGAAAGGUAUACAACAAAAAGAAAGCGUAUUUGAAAUUAAUUUACACAUGGACUCAACAACGACAACAACAUAAAAACUCAUUGCAAAAUAUGCUAAAGCGACGUCAUCGGAAGUAUCAUCAACUAUCUGAACCGCCAUCGCAGCAAUCACCGCCGAAUGCAGAAAUGGAAUUCAAAUAUGAGACUGCAACAGAUGAGAUUAAAGCGAUCAGCGGCGGCAACAAAACUGAUUUCUUCAUUCCCUCUCACUUCGUUAAGCAAAAUAGUGAGGCCGCCACAACAAGCACCAACAACAUUGCCGCCAACGUUCAGAACAACAACAACAAUAGAGACGACGACAAUAAACAAAGUUUAAAUAUGGGAAACGGAAAACGCACAAAACGUUCAAUUAGCAGCCCACGUCAUGUGGAAGCGUUAAUAGUGGCAGAUGCAACGAUGGUCGCCUUUCAUCACAAAUUGGAGACAUAUCUACUAACCAUAAUGAAUAUGGUAUCGGCGCUGUACAAGGAUCCCAGCAUUGGCAAUUCAAUUGAGAUUGUCGUCGUCAAAAUGAUUUUGCUGGAAGAGUACGAAGCGCAUCCAGAUCUUAAUCUGACACAAAAUGCCCAAAAGAAUUUGGAUACAUUUUGUAGCUGGCAGCACAAACUGAAUACAGUCAAUAAAGACGAUACAUAUCAUCACGAUGUUGCCAUUCUCAUAACAAGGACGAAUAUAUGCGGUAACAAUUGCAUGACUCUCGGAUUGGCUAAUGUGGGUGGCAUGUGCAAGCCGAAGCAGUCCUGCAGCGUCAACGAGGAUAAUGGUAUUAUGCUGUCACAUACAAUCGCACAUGAACUGGGACACAAUACUUCUAUUCUUCAAAAUGCCAUUAAAGCCGUUUUUCGUGAAAUUAACCGCGAAAAACUCAACAUCGUGGCGCAGUUCUAA